CCCAACCCAGCUUCAGCGACUUCCUACAAUGUUUCCCCGCCUGCUUUCUUUACUCUGUCUUCCAUCGCUCGUCUAAAUGUGAGCAUGUCUAGGAUCUCAGGCUUAUACUUCUUAUCGUUCUCGUACUCAUUCCAAACUUGAUCUUGUACACAGAAGCUUUGCAUAUCUUCCCCGUUCACACCCUCCGAUCCAAGGCCAACUGGUUGGGCUACACCUCACCAUCAUACUGCUCAAUUGUCACUUCGUCGUCUCUUGAGAUUCUAGUGUCAGGUUAUCCAGUACAGGCUGCUGGGCACACUGCGUAGUACAGCGAAAUCUUCGCCUAAUUAUUUUGACUUGGCUCUACUUGUCAUCACGCUUGUUUUCUCAUUUCCGCUUCCGAAGCCGUGUCUAUCAAAGCCAUUUCACAAUGUCAACCCAAUCACCCACUCCUCCAACGCCAAAGGGUCCUCGAAACAAUCGUCGGAAUUCAAAAAGAAAUACCACGCCGCUGUCUCAGAAGGCCGCCUUACUGGCAACCCCGCCCUCGUCGCCACCGCGGAAUCAGAGUCCUGGCGGAACCGCCACUGACUCUUCUUUCAACUAUAACCCUAGUGCGUCUAAGAAGAAACCUGCGCGGACCAACAGAAAACCUCGCGAUGCAUCAAGGGCCUCUCCUGUUUCUUACAACGGGCACCGGCAUACCUCCUCGCACUCACACAAUCUUUCCACUCCCCAAGCGAAGGACAGCUCGCAUUAUGCAGGUCCUACCUUUCAUGCAUCGCCAGCGCCAUCGGCCCUUCCAAUACCAAGUUUUUUUUCUAAAUCGUUACCUGAGUCGGACAUUUCGUCGGGACUAGAAGCCGACAACGACAAUCUCGAUAUCAGUCCAGAAUCAGAAAGUACGCCCUCCAAAUCCAGAGUGCAUCCGGUCUAUGAGGAUGAAGGACGCCAACCCACCCCACUCGAUUUCCUCUUCAAAGCUGCAGUUGAAGCUCGAAAUGCUCAGCAGCCGCAUAGUCCGGAGUCGAUUAUGAGGAUAUCAUCCCCACAAACUGAUUCGAAAGCCCUUUAUAACCGCAGUACCAUCGGCGCUGGCGCUAGCGAUGGACUGUUCACAGCCGAUGUGGAUAGUCCUGAAAGCGGUCAAUCGCUUAUCGGGGCCUCGUUCGCUGCAUCCUACAAGGAUCGCAUGAACGCUCUACGAUCAGCCAGUUCACCCUCUCCUUCAACAGGCCACCUGGAUGAAAAUGAACGACAGGUCAAGACAGAGGCUUUGAAGAGCUUGCUGCUCAACCCUCGUCCUCAGAGACCGUCCUCAGCUUCAGUUACAGCCCAGAAACAACAUGGAAACUUCAGUGGGCAUCCUUCUGCCAAUCACAAUGUGCCUCACUUUGCGACUCCCCUAAGAGCAACUUCUGGGCCACCUGCUUCUUACUCGCAUGGCAAGUCCACCGAGCACCAACAAUCCGUUCCUGGCACCGGUUCGUAUUCGCCAUCAAUAUACACACAACACCACGAGGUUCUCUCAACGAAAGUUGGGAACAGACCGACUGUUCCUGGAGAAGCGCACUACCCUCCCCCACAUACAUACGGACAGCCAAGGUCUCCGCCUAAGUAUGUACAGUACCCAAUGUACUAUCCCCCACCUCAGCACUCUCCUGUGUCACGUGCCAUCUCGGUCAGUCCAGCUGCGCAAUCUGUCGAUACUAAGAAGAUGGAGGAUGAUUUGCGACGUAUAUUGAAACUUGAUGCGCCCUCCGGUGUUUCAGCUGGUGGCAUUCAAAGCUCAUUCGCCUGA